CAAGAAAGACAUCAUUAUUAUUUUUUGAUAUACUCUACUAACUCUGUAGCAACUUGAGUUUCUUGGAAACAACAAACAAACGUCAACUCCCAAUUCAAUCUAUAAAGUUGUAAUUUACUCAGCUUUUCCUGCUGGAAGAUGAUGGAAGUGGAAACCAGAGUCCAUUUUGGAGACAUGAAGUACUUCAAUUCUCAACAUGCUGAUGAGAGAUCUGCAGAAGAGGAGGCUAUAGAUGAUUGGAUUCAAAUCUCUCCCCCAAAAAGUGCAAAGUGGUGGUUUUCAGCCGUUCAUAAUGUUACAGCUAUGGUUGGUGCUGGAGUCCUUGGUUUUCCUUAUGCCAUGUCUGAAUUAGGAUGGGGGCCAGGAGUGACAGCCAUGGUGCUAUCUUGGGUGAUAACACUCUACACUUUGUGGCAAAUGGUGGAGAUGCAUGAAAUGGUUCCAGGGAGGCGUUUCGACCGCUACCAUGAGCUCGGGCAGCAUGCGUUUGGGGAGAAGCUCGGGCUGUGGAUCAUGGUGCCUCAGCAGCUCAUAGUUGGAGUUGGGGUCGACAUAGUUUACAUGAUCACUGGAGGGAGAUCUCUCUGUAAAUUCCAUGAUCUGGUUUGCAGAAAUAAUUGCAACAAGAUUAAUUUUACUUAUUUUAUCAUGAUUUUCGGGUCAGUCCACUUUGCGUUCUCCCAGCUCCCGGACAUCAAUUCAAUCUCCGGCGUCUCCCUCGCUGCAGCAGUCAUGUCCUUGAGUUACUCUACAAUAGCAUGGGGAGGUUCGUUGGUCGAGGAGCGGAAGGAGGAGGUGGAGUAUGGGUACAAAGCCGGUAGCCCGGGUGGUACGAUCAUAUCCUUCUUCUGCGCGUUGGGAAAUGUCGCUUUCGCCUACGGAGGUCACAAUGUAGUGUUGGAGAUUCAGUCAACGAUGCCAUCCACACCGUCAAAGCCUUCCAAGAAACCUAUGUGGAAAGGAGUGUUGGUGGCUUAUAUCGUCGUGGCCCUUUGUUACUUCCCGGUCGCCAUCGUUGGAUAUUGGAGGUUUGGCAAUGGCGCCGGUGAUAACAUCCUCGUCACGCUACACGAACCUGUUUGGCUCAUCGCCAUGGCUAACAUGUUCGUCGUCGUCCAUCUCAUUGGCGGCUAUCAGAUCUAUGCCAUGCCAAUUUUUGACCUGAUUGAAAUGGUUCUAGUGAAGAAACUAAAAUUCAAGGCAAGUUGGUAUCUACGUUUUAUUGCAAGGAAUACGUAUGUGGCGUUUACUAUGUGUAUUGCCAUGACGUUCCCUUUCUUUGGUGGGCUACUUGGAUUUUUUGGUGGAUUUGCAUUUGCGCCAACCACAUACUUUCUUCCAUGUAUCAUUUGGCUUGUAGUGAAGAAACCAAGAAAGUUCAGCCUCUCUUGGUUCAUUAAUUGGGUUUGCAUAGUGCUUGGUGUGGUUUUGAUGGUGGUUGCUGGGAUUGGAGGGCUAAGAGAGAUCAUAGUGAAUGCACAUGGCUACAAGUUCUACUCUGGAAAUAAUUCAUCAAGCUGUGCUAGCACAUUUAACAAAUUAAGAUAUCUUGCAUGAUAGCCUAUUUUUACAUUUACUUUUGUUAAUCAUUUGUGUGUAAUUAAACGUAAAUUGAUAUUUGUGAAAGAGGGAACUAUAGAAACAAAGUCUAGCAAAUGAGGUUGCAAAUUUCCGAUACCCCGUUAUGAAAAUAUCACUGGAAAUAUUUGAAUAAAGACAUAAUCUCAUUUGAAUUUAUUUUUUAA